AUGGAGUCGACAAAGGUGGGAAAGCUGCACAUAGAUCUACCGGCAGAAUCCACCAAGCCCAAGGUCCUUACAAAGACAAAGCAAAAGAAGGAGGAGGAAGUGAUUGACUCCUGGGAAGAUGACGACGAUUUGUCCUCGCUCGAAGACACCGAGACACCCACUGGAGGAUCAGACACCGUGCGCAAACCGCUCAUGUCCAAAGACCCGGCACUGAGGCCGCCUCCACCUCCACCUACGCCCAUUUCGCCCGAGAACGCGGAUCAACGUAUCGAUUGGUCUCCUGCCCAAGUGCUGGGCGGUGGUCGUCCCCAAGCUUACAGACCAUCCUCUCCGUUGACGGGCAACGAUUCGGAUCGAGAGCGAAGGAGGCCAGAAAAGACCACGGCGACCGCAAGUCGCUUGAUCGCUGCAGGCUUGGGGAUCAAGCCUCCCAAGAAGACCGAGGAACAGAGACAAUACGACCGUGCCGUUCGAGAGCAGGAAAUCCGACGGAGGACCAAAGAAAAAGAGGAUCAGGAACGCCAGCGAGAGGCGGAAGAAAAGGCAAAGGCUGCAGUCUGGGACGCAUGA